AUGGGACAAGCAAGUUCUUUGGCUCAAAAAUUAUCCCGACCCGUAUCUUGGUUGACUGGUGCUGGAGCCAGUUCUAAAAAUAGUGGUUGUGAACAAAACUCUAGUCCUCUCAAUGGCAAUGAAAUGUCAAUGUAUCAGAGUGUCACCCCAUUUGUAUUUAAAAGAUCUAGUUCAAUGUUUUUUGAUGAAGAUGGUGAUAUAGCUCAUGAAUUCUAUGAAGAAGUUACUAAAGGUCGAAGAUCUAAAAUGAAAAGAAUCCACAAACACUUAAUACCUGUUAUCCGACAAAAGAAGUUUAUGAUAACAUAA